AUGUCCGCUUGUACAGAGAUGUUGCGUACGAUUGAGGUCAUCGGGCACUGGUUCACUUUGAAGAUGAUGUACCCUGGUGGGCCGAACAAUGGAGACAGUCCCAUCUACUCGCAGCAACCUUCGCAGUACGCCACGAGUACCACAAAGCGGUAUUCGAGCACUUUUGGAACACCAUAUGUCACCACCACUGGUUAUGCUACCAAGCCUACGGCAACUUCGACUAAGAAAAUCGUGAUUCCAUCCACUACAGUCCAAACUUCCUACCCAACAGAUGUAAAGCCUCAGGAUGGUUAUCGAGCAAUCGGCUACUUCGGCAAUUGGGACAUUUAUGCGCGAAAGUUUUUCCCACAGGACAUUCCAGCUGAUAAACUCACCCACUUACUCUAUGCCUUUGGCGACAACAAGGAUGAUGGCACUGUCUUCUUCACAGACACGUACGCGGAUACCGAUAUACACUACGCCGGAGACUCCUGGUCAGAGAUGGGAGACAACGUCUAUGGUGCCGUGAAACAACUUCAGCUUCUAAAGGCGAAGAACCGUAACCUCAAAGUCAUGCUGAGCAUCGGCGGAUGGACUUACACAAACACUAACAAGCACAUGGAUGCCCCCGCAUCCACUGCCGCCGGCCGUAAGAAGUUCGCGGACAGCUGUGUGGACAUGAUUCGCAACUAUGGGUUCGACGGGAUCGACAUCGAUUGGGAAUACCCUCAAAACACGCAGCAAGGCGGACAACUCCUUGACCUGCUCAAAGCCAUCCGCAGCGCACUAGACGAGUACGCUAACACCCUGAUCUAUGAAGAUGGUCACGGAAGCUCUGAGAAACCCCACUUUGAGCUCUCAAUUGCCGCGCCUGCCGGCGAGUCCAACUACAAGAACAUGCCUCUGCGUGAGAUCAGCCAAGUCCUUGAUUUCAUCAACCUUAUGGCAUACGAUUACACUGGCUCCUGGGACAAGACUUCAGGCCACGCGCAGAACCUGUACAAGUCCCGUUCGAAUCCUGUCUCGACGCCGUACAACACAUACGAUGUCGUGCAGGCCUACUUCAACGCUGGUGUAGGUCCCUCGAAGAUUAAUCUGGGCAUGCCAGUGUAUGGUCGCGCAUUCACCAACACAGCAGGCCUCGGACAGCCAUACGAUGGGAACGGCAAAGGUACAUGGGAGGCCGGUGUAUACGACUGGAAGGACCUGCCCCUCCCCGGAACACAAGUAUACUACGACCAGGAAGCCGGUGGCACAUACAGCUACGACAACAUUACGGGCAUGCUGAUCAGCUUUGACACCGUCGACAUGGCCCUCAAGAAGACAGACUGGCUGAAAAAGACCGGCUUAGGAGGUGCAAUGUGGUGGGAGCUCAGUGGCGAUCGCUACGACGGGCCGGGAGGGCUUAUUGACAAUGUCGUGAAGGCUCUUGGAGGCAAUAGUGGGCUGGAGCAGAAGAACAACUGGCUCCGAUUCCCUGACUCUAAGUUUGACAACAUUAAGGCUCUGGGAUACUAG